AAUUUAGACGACGGCAAAGUUAAACGCCGCGGUUCCUGAUAAUUCCGCAGAGCGCACGCGUCGCCGGCGCCAUGUUGGUUGACCGUUGAUCGGUCGGAGACGUCGGAGUCGGAGAAGCUCGGCCGGGUUUGGGAAGCUAGCAAAAUUCCGGAUUCUGGGCUUUCUUCAGUUGCUAGUGGAUAGUCGCGGAGUUUGUGAGAACGUGGUGUCGUUCACGAUGUACGCGUGUGCCAGAUAAGAGUAAAGUGCAGGCAGGGUAUAUCGCGAGGGCUGGUCGAGAGGAGGACAAAAGAACGCGAGGAAUCGCAUUAUCGUCGGCGUACGUGUCCAGAUAACCGAUCGUACGUGUCGAACGGAUCGUUAAAGAUCAGUGGCAAUGGACUCGUGCGACGUAGGUACGUAAAAAAGGAAAUCGGGAGGUCCUCGACUUCGAAACCCGUGAAAUCGAUGAAUGCGUAGACGACAGACGCACAGUGAUCCGCAUAUGUGCAUACGUGUCCAAGGAUUCCCGUAAGUUUUUCUUUUUCUCCCGGGGAUCCGUCUCCGCCUUUCUCUCCAUCUCCGUCCCACCGUCUCUUUCUCCCCCUAUCUUUCGAGCGUGCCGUGCCGUGUGUUCGUUCGUUCGUUCGUUCCUUCGUUCCUCUUCUACCUAUCCCUGCUCUCGCGUUGUUUCCCCGAGUUGUUCCUCGUGGCGUGCGCGUUCCCGAAGGCACCGUGGCCAGACCUAUCGCGACACACUGCGCUCGUCGUGUGACGCAGACGAGCGCGUCUCGGACAGCCUAGGACGCCGGGAGUACAGGUGCAGGUGCGGAUACGGGUUAGAGCGCGGGUGUGUGUGGACGUGUGCACGGGACGCUGUUACGUGGCCUGGAACAAGGUUAGUCGUGCGAAUUCGGCGACGACGACAGUUGCCGUGGAUGUUGCCGAGGAUGGACGAUAGCGCGGGUCCGCGUACGGACGGGACGACAAUGGCCAGCAGCAGCGAGAGUAACGACGAGGAAUCGAAGCCUGCCCAGCAACCGAGUACAGACGACGCGACGACUUCCACGUAUUCCACGAUACAGUCGGACCAGCCAGCCGAAUAUUGCGGUCAGCAGGAGUCGACGAGGGCCGGUUCGACCUCGCCGCUCCCUGCGGCCACCAGCGCCUCCUCUUCCUCGUCCUCCUCAUCCUUCUCCUCUUCUAGCUCUUCUUCUUCUUCUUCCUCGUCACCUUUGUCUUCGUCCUCGACAACGUCUUCGCCGUUGUCAUCCUCUGCCUCCACGCCACUGCCGCCGCCACAGCCGGGGUGUGGCUGCGACGCCGCCACCGUCCUCGAACCAGACGAAAUUACCAUCAGCAUUACGCCGACCACCGGUGGACAGUUCGACCUUACCGUUGACCGCGCCGACACCGUCGAGAAUCUCAAGAAGAUCAUCUCGAAGAGGCUGAAGGUUGCCAAGGAGCGCAUUUGUUUGUUACAUCGCGAAAGGCAAUUACGCGACGGCACGCUCGAGGAGAAUCGUUUGCAGGAUGGUAGCCGACUCACUUUGCUGCCGAGCGUGGAAACUGGCCUAUUGGGGCAGCGACCGGAGCAGAGCGUGAUGCAAGCGCUGGAGAGCUUGAACGACUCCCAAGUGAACGAUUUCCUCUCCGGCAAAGCUCCGUUGAACCUUACCAUGCGACUGGGGGAUCACAUGAUGCUGAUCCAGCUGCAGUUGUCCACGGUCACUCCGGCCUCGCCUACGACCAAUCAGUCCAGCAGCGCUACGUCCGGUUUGACCAUUGGGAAUAGCGCGAACGGAUCGAACUUGUCCACCAGCCACGUGUCCACUUCCCUGCAGAGCAGACGGUCGACCGUCCUCGCUGCUCGAUCGGGCAGCGGCGCGUCCGCCAAGUUGCAGAACGGGAACGCGGCCUCGAGGUCUUCCUCGUUGAUAAGCAGAAUGGCGUCGGCGUUGCACGCGGUCGCCAGUUGCAGCACCAGCCUCUCGACGGCCACCACCACGACGAGUCCCGUUUGUUCCAGCCGCGCGUCGCCAACCUCCUCGUCCGUCUCGCCCUCGUCCUCGUACUCGCCGAUCAGUCCGCCGCAUUCGUCCUUCUGCUCCAGCCAGUCCGCACGAAGCGGCAGCAAUCACGGCUCGGUGUCGCCUAACGGAAACUCGUCGAACGCCUGCCAGUCUCGCCUUCUGUACCAUCAUCAUCACCAUCAUCACCACAGUCACCACCAUCACCACCAUCACCACCAUCAUCAUCAUCACUCGAGGAACAAACCUACCGGCUCGUCCAACACGGCUUGCUGUCGCCAAUCUUUGUCUACCGUGGAUCACAUACAACAGUCUACCUCCACCGGGCACGGGUGUACGGACACCGCGAUAUCCUACGACGCGAUCCCGCUGAGGAAGAAGCUCUGCACCGCGCAUCAUCACGGCCAGCAAUCCACGAACAGCGCGGACUCCACGUCUAGGAGUAGCAACGCGGACGGAGACGCGAGUCCUCAGAGCCCGGCUCUUCCCGAGCAGAACACGAAGGCCGCGACUCUGGACACCAGGGCGCUCGCCGAGGCAUCUCGUAACUUGACGCAAAAACUAAAGCAACUCUCCUCUGAGGUACUCACCUCACGGGUCGACCUCGCAGAGGAGAACGCGAGACGCAGACAGGGUGCAAUAAUAGAGAGUAUGCAUCACCACGGAAAGGGUGUGUACUCCGGUACGUUCAGCGGGACCCUGAAUCCGGCGCUUCAGGAUAGACACGGCCGUCCCAAGCGAGAUAUAAGCACUAUAAUUCACAUUCUGAACGAUCUGCUGUGCGCCACUCCGGCCGCAACCGCGAGCCAUUACAGGCAUCAUCACAGGCAUUCUAACGGCCGCCAGCAGUCCUCCGCAUCUCCGUCCUCGUCCGGAGCGACGACCAUCGUCAACGGUGCCUCGACGUCCAUCGCUUGCCACGAUUCAUCCGGCGCUGGAUAUUGUACCGAAGAAUUAUCGAAGGAGAACGAAGCGACGAAGGGAAAGAUGAGACGGCUGCGUUUGGUAAUGGAACAGAGACGCGCGAAGAGAAAAGCUCGAAGACAGGGCGCGGCACCGUACACCACGCAAUGGGCGGCGGUCACCCCGGAUCCGGACCCAAACCACGACCCAAACACGCCGACCGCUGCGACCGCAAACUCGACGGAACCUCAGAAUGAGCCAGAACUGCAGCCCUGCAGUCCCGAACCGGUCGUAGCUUGAACGCGUUGAUUCGUUCAACGCGGAGGCGAGUAGUCGUUUAAAUGGCAAUGUGUUUCUUUCUUUUUCGUUUUAACUAGCGCACUGAUUUAUUUCGUGAUCGCUUAUGAAGCUCGUAUAUCGGGAGAAGUUUCGAGCCGUGUCUCUGGAAGAUAUCCGAAAUGGCAGUUGAAUAGACGGUAAAAUAUCGUGAGCACAAACGGUAGCCACAGUUAAACGCUGGCUCCGUUUCGUUGGUAAUCAGUGAUUCUUAUUCUUGUUUUCCGACUCGACUCGACGUUUGAAUCUGUCGUACAUUUACGUUGGUCCGCGACGGAUUCUUUUACGGAGCAGAAAUUAUUCUUCGUAUCCCGGGUUAAUAAGAGUCGCUGUUCUAUACGCAUAAUUUUCUCAGUAUUGAUACGCGUACAUCAAGUCCAAGCAAUUGCUUUCGGAAUGUUUCGGAACGUUGGCGAAACUCGAAGGAAUUUAGCAAUAUCGCAUAAUGGAAUGGCGUGCAAUGUUAGGGCACGGUAAUAGGAAUUAUUUAAAUAGGAGUUUUUCACGGGGAAAUACGUAUACGUUUUCGCUGGAAAGUAACGCUGUAUUCGAUAGAGGAGACAAAAAUUCUAAUCUACAAUUAAUUGAGUCUCGCAUGCGAGAAGGAUGAAGGCACAGUGUUUUGGCUAUAUUACUCAGGACUAUCGGAUCGUAGCUGACAAUAAUUAUUGCAUUCGACGAAAUAAAUCGGUGUGAAACCAUCACGUUCGGAGCAGUAAGAAAUCGACCAACUAACCGGAAGCGAAACAAUUCCCGAGAGGAUAGGUGGAAUACAGGAUCCACGGGGAAAUGGAGGUCGUCGCCUUGAUUAUUGACUAACGAUCGAAAGGACUAAAGAAGUGAAUAAAGAAGCGACUCCUCUGUGUCUGUACGACCUCGCCUGCCGUGGAUAGACUCGCGAAAAUUCGUAGAACGCGCGGAGUUGUUUCUUUGUCGUUGCGACACCCUCGAUUCGCGUCGGUGUCGGCGUACAUUCAGUAGACACGAGUAGAUAAUUUUGAACUCACACGCGCCCGUGAAUCGUGCAGGGAAGAAACUUACGAAAAGCAAUGUUUACAAAGCUGUUUAAUCACGACGAAAGGUGAGGGGACUUCGGAACUCGUUGCAACGUAGAGGAUGACAGUACAUUUUCUUAGUACCUCUCGACGAAGUAUAUCUUUACGUCUGGCAACGGUCUGAUCGAUCCGCGUCGAAGUCUACACGCAAGAAGUGCACUUUCCGAUGUCACCAAUUCAUCGUGCUCGUCGGACGAAAGAUCGUUUUCAAAGGAGCAAAACACCAUUCUCAGUUUCUGUUCUUGGAUGGUGACGUCGAUUCCUCGCGCUUCAACGUCUUAAUAGAGAGAUCGAUCGGUUCACGUUUCAACGUAAUCUCAUAUCAGCUCAGAUGGAAAGAGGAAUACACAGACUGGAUUUUUAAAACUCGAGACCUUCUCGAUCGCUCUGUGUCCAAGAGUUCGUUGUAAGCACCACGUCGUCGUCGUCGUCGUCGUCGUUUCGGCGAGGAGCGAAGAAGACAAAGGCAAAUUUGAAGCACGUGAAUAAAUGGUCCUAUAGUUAGAAUUAGAUAAUCCUAUUGCAUGGCUCACACGACGCCAUUACUUCAUUUAAGUUUGACUAGGUACUAAAUAAUCUAAUCUAAUAAAAAAUAGCGUAUUGCGUUUAGGUUUACUUAGGAGGAGCAAAAAAUAUUACUACUAUUAUUAUAUUAUUAUCAUUACUACCGCUACAGUUUUGCAAACUGGCUCAAUAUUGUAACAUAUGAUUAUCGAAUUUUAUCGAGUACCAAAAUAAAUAAGAUUGCUUGCUAAGCUAAGGAAAAAAAAAGAAAAAAAACGAAGUCCGUCUUUAAGUCGACUGUAACAUCAUCUGUUGAGUGUUUGUUAAUUAUUAUUGUUAUCGCUGUUUAUUGCCUCUGUAAAGAAGGAAAAGGAAAGAAUCGGCGAUGCUGUUUCGUCCUACGUUUAUUAUUGAUGAGGAUUAAUUAUUAUAAUUUUCGAGUUAAGACAGAACGUGUUUCUUCUCUUGUUUUUUAACGAUUCAUUUCGUUUAGUUCGUAAGAAUAAUAAGUACACGCGUCCACGCAUGAACACAUACCCAGACACGCGCCCACACAUACACACACACACGCGCGCGCGCGCGCGCGUGUGAAAUAUGAUUUAAGGAACCAGUGAAAAAGAAAGAAAUAUGAAAUUUGAUUAAAGUUAUUCAUUUAUA